AUCGCUAUAUUGGCUUCUCUAUUAUUUACCCUUUUUUUCUUGGUUUCUCCCUCUAAAUCCUUCUAUUUUAUCACUCUAAUGGUUUUUCAAUUCCAUAUCUACGUAAGCGCUUUUAUGCCACCAGUUGAAUGGUUGCCCAAAUUCAUGUCUCUCUCUGUUAUUUUUUCAUUGCAACGACUACCGAAUAAGUGGAAGCUUAUAUUUAUUUUAUCACUAUAAUGGUUGUCCAAAUUAUUUUUUCUCUCUGAACUUAUUUAUGUCAUUGUGAUGGAUGCCCAGCUUCUCUUUCCCAUUUGUCGACUGAAGUGCAGAGUUUCAGAGACCGUCCCUCUCACUGCAGCUAAAGCUGAUGUUUCGUUUCUCAUUCAAGAAUGGUUGCUCAACUUCUUUCUCUCACCAAUCUUCAUCGGAAUAUACAGUAUACACUACCAAUCUCAAUAUUUUGCCUGUAUCUGCAUUUUCCAGAAUGACAGCCAAGUCUAAAACUGCCGUGUAAUUAUUGGCCUUAGAAUGGUCAUGUGAUUUCUUACCCUGAGAGGUUUUUCUUUGCUUUAAUGGCGGGAUUGAUGGCACAUAAACAAGAAACUGAUUUUAUCAGAAAGGUUUGUGGGAUCAUCUUGAAGGGACAAUUCCAUGUUCUGACAAGACCCAAUAUUACUUCUAGGUUUACAAACACUAUGGUGAAUUCCAUAUUGUCAAAUCUAUCUUCUGAUUCUUUGGCUUCAUGGAGUUUCUUCAAAUGGGUAGAGUCCAUUCCAAAUUAUAAACACUCAGUCCAACCAUACUGGACCAUGAUUCAUAUUCUCACCAAGAACAAACAGUACAAUAUUGCACAAUCCUUGGUUAAAAGGAUAAUGUUUAGGGAAUUUUUGUCUUCUCCAUCUGUUCUAAAUGCACUUCUAAAUAGUUGCAGCGACGCCAUUUCAAAUUCUGAGGUUUUGAGCUGGUUAAUCAUCUAUUAUGCCCAAUCUAAGAUGACCCAAGACGCAAUCCAGAUAUUUAACCAGAUGAAUAUCCAUGGUUUUAAACCCCAUCUCCAUGCUUGCACCUCUCUGUUAAGUGCACUUGCAAAAGAAAAAUUAACAGCCACUCUAUGGAAAAUUCAUGAAAGAAUGGUGGAAAUUGGAAUUAUGUUCAAUACCCAUGUUUACAAUGCAAUGAUCCAUGCUUGUUACAUUUCUGGUGAUGUAGAGAAAGCUGAGAAACUUGUAAAAGACAUGGAUGAAAGAAGGGUUCCUUUAGACCUCUUCUCUUACAAUACUCUUAUCGCUUUUUGCAAAAAGGGCAUGCAUUAUGAAGCUUUUUGUAUUCAAGAUAGGAUGGAGAGAGAAGGUAUAAGGCCUGAUAUAGUGACUUAUAAUGUAUUGAUUCAUGGAUAUUGUCGGGAAGGUCGAAUGAGAGAGGCUUGGAAGCUUUUUAAGGAAAUGAGAGAUACAAAGCCUAAUCACAUCACAUACACGACAUUGAUUAAUGGUUAUUGUAGGGUUAAUGAUGUUUCUGAGGCUUUUAGACUGAGACAUGAGAUGGAGGCUAAGGGGAUUUUUCCUGGGGUGGCUACAUAUAAUUCGAUCAUUCGUAAGCUUUGUGAGGAGGGGAAAAUGAGAGCUGCUAAUUUGCUCUUGGAUGAGAUGAGAGAGAGGAAGAUUGAACCUGAUAAUGUGACCUGCAAUACUUUGAUCAAUGCCUAUUGCAAGAGAGGGGACAUGGUGUUUGCUUGGAAGAUCAGAAAUAUGAUGUUGGAAGGAGGACUCAAACUAGACCAGUUCACUUAUAAAGCUUUGAUUCGUGGGUUUUGCAAGACCCAAGAAAUCAGUGAGGCGGCCGAGGUCCUCUUUGAGAUGCUCAAUGCAGGUUUCUGCCCAAGUUAUAGCACUUACGCGUGGCUUGUUGAUGGUUAUUGCAACCAGAGAAAUGAAGAGGCAGCUCUUAGGAUUCCUUUGGAGCUUGCUAAGAGAGGACUUGGUGCUGAUAUAUCUGUUUAUAGAGCGCUUAUCCGAAGAUUUUGCAAGAAAGGCAUGGUGGAUUUUGCACAGAAGGCAUUUAUUCAGAUGCAAAGUAAUGGUUUACCUGGUUGUACUCUUACUUUUGCCAAUAUGGCCUAUGCAUACUUAGAUGCAGGGAAGCCUAUAAUGGCCUCUGAGUUAUUGAAUGACAUGGCCAAGAAAGGUCUUAACAUAACCGCUAAAAUUUACAAAUCUCUUGGGGAUUCUCAUGCUGGUGAAGAUAGUAAAUUGGAGCGGUUCUGGGAUUAUGCUACUGCAAAGGGCUUGGUCGCUAAGAAUGUUUGCAAGUUGUUGAGGCAUUCUAAGUUUAAUAUGGAAAAUACAUUGGCUUUAUAAACUGGAAGGACUUCGUCCAAUAGGUACUGUGACCUUUGAAAUGACCAAAAUUUUCAGAAUGGCAUAUGAAAUCUAGAUUGUCAGCUGUUGCUUGGA